AUGGUCACGUAUCUGGACGGUAGCAGGAAGAUCUUUCGCCAUGGUCUCGAGAUUGAUGCACCGCCGCGCCUCGGCUUCAUCGUGGACACUAGCCCGGACCAGGUGCCCGCCUGUAUCGUGCGCGAUUUCCUUUUCCUCGGAUCGCAAGACUGUGUACGAAGGAGCGUAAUUCGCAAGUAUGGCAUCACGCAUGUGCUUAGUGUUGGCAUCGAAAUGCCACCACUAGACGAGGACGAGGCUGAUGAAGAUUGUAAAAUUGAAGGAAAAUUUAUUGAAUGCUUGGAUUUACCGGAAACGCGGUUAGAUGAUGUGCUGGUCGUUAGCAACGCAUUCAUAGACAACUGUCGGGAGGUGGGUGGACGAGUGCUCGUACACUGCAACGCUGGUGUUUCGCGAUCGCCAUCGAUCGUGAUCGGUUACCUGAUGCAACGGUGCGAUCAGUCGUUUCUGCAAGCAUUCGGAACGGUCAAAACCAAGCGGCCCAGCGUGCAGCCUAACGCUGGGUUCUUUCAGCAACUGAAACAGAUGCAAACGUGA